GUUUCUAUAUAUUUUUAGGCCAUCCGAUAUUCAAUCUUCGUCAAGGUUGCACUUUCUAGCCGCGCCUAAUCAGACAUGAAGAUAGAUGUGAAAGAGGCAGCCCUUGUGUGUCCGGCCAGAGACACGCCCGGAGGAUCUCUCUGGCUGUCGGAUUACGAUCUCUUCCAACCAAAUGUCCAUAACCAUACCCUUCAUUUCUUCAAGCCAAGCACCAUUGGAGACGGCGAAAUCACUCGGAUUCUGAAACAGUCUCUGAGCCAGGUCCUCGUCCCGUUCUAUCCGCUGGCCGGUCGACUCGGGAAAGACGAGAACGGUCGGAUUCAGGUCGAGUGUAAUGCAAAAGGAGUAAUGUUCAUUGUUGCUGAAGCUGAUUGUAGCUUGGACGAGAUGUUAGGCGGGAAGUUACGCCCUAACUCCAAGUCUAAGCUGCUUAUUCCAACGGUCGACUAUUCCAACGAUAUUUCUUCAUAUCCCAUCUCUUUCUCUACGGUGACUUACUUCAAAUGCGGAGGAAUGUGUCUCGCGGUUUCAAACCAUCAUUUGGUCGCAGACGGCCCAUCUGCCGUCCAUUUCAUCAACUCAUGGGCCAGCAUGGCUCGUGGCCGUCCGAUCGAGGCACCGGUUCACGACCGCCAAUCAAUCCGUGGCUUAGCCUUAACGUCCCCGAAGUUUGACCACCUCGAAUUCGACACGAGCGCCCUCGUAUCCCACCAGAAAACUCCACCAAAUCAUAUCGAUAGUUCAGCUUCUUACCUCAAGAUCUCCCCCGACCAGAUCAGUACCUUGAGAAACAAGGCAAAUGCAUAUUCGGACAGCAGAAAACACAGUGUCUUUGAAUCUCUCACUGCCCACGUGUGGCGAUGCGCGUGCAAAGCGCGUGGACUUGCGGACGACCAGAGGACAGUCCUUCUGUUCGCCGCAAAUGCUCGGCCUAGAUUACGUCCUCCACUUCCACCCCUGUCCUUCGGCAACGUCGUUCAAGUCUUGGCCUGCGCGGCAUUUUCCGGCGAGAUUCUCGGUGAAACGCUGUCGUUUACGGCGGCUCGGAUUCGGAAGACCGUAGACGGAGUGGACGAUGAGUACAUAAGGUCGGGGCUCGCUUUCUUGCGCGACAAUCGUCACGUCUCGCUGGGCCACUCGGGGAGGCCAGUCACCAAGAACCCUAACCUGGAGAUGGUGAGCUGGACACAGAUGCCGUUGUACGGAAUGGAUUUCGGCUGGGGAAAUCCGUUUUACGUGGCGCCGGCGACGAUACGGAGCGAGGGAAAAGGGUAUAUACUGUCUGGUCCGCCGGAAGAGGGCGGCCUCUCGCUCUAUAUCUGCCUGGAGGCUCCGCACUUGGAGCUCUUCGAACGGCUUUUCUAUGAUAUUUGAUCCAAUGUGUGUGUGUUUUUCUAAUUUUUACAUAAAAUUGUCUUUGUAAGAAGCGGUGUGUCAAACAUCUAAUCAAUAUGUGACGUGUUUUACCUUUGCCACCGGACAA